GAGCCAGGCGUGUCAAUCAAGGCGGGUUUUUUGAAUACAGUUUACUGCUAGUGGAAAGAAGAAUAUUUUUCAAACAUGUCUAAGAUUGAUAAAAUGAGCAUUCUUGGUGUGAGGAGCUUUGGUGUGGAGGAUAAAGAUAAACAAGUUAUCGCUUUCUUUAAUCCUCUAACUAUUUUGGUGGGUCCAAAUGGUGCUGGAAAAACGACCAUCAUAGAAUGCCUCAAAUAUAUUUGUACUGGGGACUUCCCACCUGGCAGCAAAGGAAAUUCAUUUGUCCAUGAUCCAAAAGUUGCCAAUGAAACAGAUGUCAGAGCUCAGAUAAGACUUCAAUUUCAUGAUGUUAAUGGAGAGCUUGUUGCUGUCCAGCGGUCCAUGGUAUGUUCUCAGAAAGGAAAGAAGACAGAAUUUAAAACUCUUGAAGGAAUAAUUACAAGAAUAAAGCAUGGGGAGAAAGUCAGUCUGAGCUCCAAGUGCGCAGAAAUCGACCGAGAGAUGAUUGCUGCCCUUGGAGUUUCUAAAUCUGUAAUUAAUAAUGUCAUUUUCUGCCAUCAAGAAGAUUCCAACUGGCCUCUAAGUGAAGGAAAGGCCCUGAAACAGAAAUUCGAUGAGAUCUUUUCAGCGACAAGGUAUAUUAAGGCUUUGGAAACGCUUCGUCAGGUGCGCCUGAAGCAAGGGCAGCGAGUGAAAGAAUGUCAGGUGGAGCUGAAGUACUUGAAGCAGAAUAAAGAAAAAGCACAAGAGAUCCAGAAUCAGCUAACUGGCAGGGAAACUCAGUUAGCUGCCUCCAAAGAAAACGUCAGACAUAUUGAAAACCAACUGGAGCCUCUCAAGAACUCCUUGAUGGAAAUAGAACAGAAUCUUGUAAAAGUAACGAGACUUGAUAAUGAAAGCAAAGCUCUGGAAAGUCGGAGAAAGCAGAUGGAAAGGGACAAUCAAGACCUGCAACAAAAAAUGGAGAAGGUUUUUCAAGGAAGUGAUGAGCAACUUAGAAGGAUGUAUCAAAACCAUCAGAAAACUGUGAGCGAAAAGGAGAAGCGGUUUACGGAGUGUCAGCGAGAACUGGAGGCAGUAAACAAAGAAUGCCAAAGAUUUAACAGAGAAAAAUCAGAAUUACUAGUUGAACAAGGUCGUCUUCAGUUACAAGCAGAUCGUUACCAGCAGCAUAUUAGAACCCGAGAUUCGUUAAUUCAGUCUUUGGCAGCUCAGUUGGAAUUGGAAGGAUUUGAAAGAACACCUUUGAAUGAGAGACAAAUCAAUAGUUUUCAGAGGCUGGUAAAAGAGAGACAGGACAAAGAUAUAGAAACUGCUAAUAAUUUAAUGAAAGAAUUUGGCGAGAAGGAAACAAUGAAGCAGAAACAAAUUGAUGAAAUAAGGGAUAAAAAAACUGGACUUGAAAAAACCAUUGUCCUAAAGUCAGAUAUUCAAAAUAAGAAACAACUUGAAGUAAAGAAUCUAAAACAGGAAUUACAUCAGCUUGAAGGAUCCUCAAAUCGACUCCUGGAACUGGAUCAAGAACUUACAAAAGCAAAACACGAAUUAGCUGAAGCUGAGAAAAAUUGCAACGUUGAAACCCUAGAAAUGGAAAUUAAGGAACUACAAAAAGAAAAGGGAAAUUUGGACAGUACUCUUCGGAAACUGGAUAAAGAGAUGGAACAACUGAACCUGAAUACUACAAUUAUAACCCAAAUGGAUAUGCUGAAAAAAGAUAAAGCUGACAAAGAAGAACAAAUCAGAAAAAUUAAAUUUAGACACAGUGAAGAAUUAAUCUGCUUAUUGGGAUUUUUUCCAAGCAAAAAUCAGCUUGAAGAUUGGCUUCACUCGAGAGUUAAAGAAAUUAAUCAGACAAGAGACAAACUUGCCAAGCUCAACAAAGAACUUGUUUCAGCAGAACAAAACAAAAGUCACAUUACCACCGAACUAAGGAAAAAGGAGGAACAGCUGUCCACAUAUGAAGAAAAGCUUUUUGAUGUCUGUGGAAGUCAAGAUUUUGAAAGUGAUCUUAAUAAACUGCAGCAUGAUAUUGAAAAAACAUCCAAGCAGCGAGCUAUGCUUGCAGGAGCCACAGCAGUUUAUUCACAGUUCAUCACCCAACUAACAGACGAAAGCCAGUCAUGUUGCCCGGUGUGUCAGAGGGUCUUUGAAAAAGAGGCAGAACUGCAAGAUGUCAUAAAUGAUCUUCAAGCCAAAUUGCGCCUUGCUCCAGACAAACUGAAGGCAACAGAAUCUGAAUUGAAGAAAAGAGAGAAGAAACGUGAUGAUAUGAUUUCUCUAAAACCUAUCAGACAAACAGUAUCUGAACUCCACGAAAAAGAUAUACCUGAGUUGAGAAACAAGCUACAGAUUCUUAAUAGAGAGAUUCAGCGCCUUAAAGCUGAUAUAGAAGAACAGGAAACCCUCUUGGGUACUAUCAUAACAGAGGAAGAAAGUGCAAAAGCAUGUCUGCAGGAUAUUAUACUUUUGGAAAGGGAUCAGAUUGAUCUAAAGGAUGUUGAAAGAAAAAUUGCUCAGCAGGCUGCUAGGCUCCAGGGAGUGGAUUUGGGCCGGACUCUUUUACAAGUGAGCCAAGAGAAACAGGAAAAAAAACAUCAGUGGGAUACAGUUACAAGCAAAAUUGAACUGAAGCAGACACUUAAGCAAGACCAACAAAAUCAAGUCCAGCAUUUAAAAUGCACAGUAAAUGAACUCAAAGCUGAGAAACUUCAGAUUUCCAGUUGCAUGCAGCGUCGACAGCAACUUGAAGAACAGACUGUAGAAUUAACAACCGAAGUGCAAUCUUUAAACAGAGAGAUCAAGGAAGCAAAGGAACAGUUAUUUCCUUUGGAAACAACUUUGGAAAAACUACAACGAGAAAAAGAAGAAUUGUUGGACAAAAAGAAUACAAGUUACAAAAUAACACAAGAGAAGAUUAAUGACAUUAAAGAAAAAGUUAAAAAUAUCCAUAACCACAUGAAAGAGAUUGAGAAUUAUAUCCAAGAAGGGAAAGAAGAAUACAAGCAGCAAAAGGAAUCUCAACUGGAAAAAGUCACAGUUCAGCUAGUAGAUUGUGAGAAAAAGACAGAGAAGAUAAAUAAAGAAAUGGGAACAAUUAGGCAAGAUAUCGAUACUCAAAAGAUUCAGGAGCGAUGGUUAGAAGAUAAUCUUACUUUAAGAAAAAGAAAUGAAGAUCUAAAAGAAGUUGAAGAUAACAUAAAACAGCUUUUGAAGGAAAUGGGGGAAAUGCAGGUACCACAACUGAAAAGAAAUCAAAAACAUUUAGAAGAAAAGAUAGAGGAUUUGAAAAGAAGCCAUAGUUUGGCACUUGGUCGGCAGCAUGGAUUUGAGGAGGAGAUCCUAAGAUAUAAGAGAGAGCUGAAAGAACAACAGUUCAAAGAUGCUGAAGAGAAAUAUAGAGAAAUGAUGAUAGUUAUGAGGACCACAGAACUGGCAAACAAGGAUCUUGAUAUUUACUAUAGAGCACUGGAUCAAGCAAUAAUGACAUUUCAUAGCAUGAAAAUGGAAGAAAUUAACAAGAUAGUUCGUGAUUUGUGGCGAAGCACAUACAGGGGCCAAGAUAUUGACUAUAUAGAAAUUCGGUCUGAUGCUGAUGAGAAUAUUUCUGCUUCUGACAAAAGGAGGAGUUACAAUUAUAGGGUAGUCAUGACAAAAGGAGACACUGCUCUAGAUAUGAGGGGCAGGUGCAGUGCUGGCCAAAAGGUUCUUGCCUCUCUCAUUAUUCGUCUUGCCCUGGCUGAAUCCUUCUGUCUCAAUUGUGGUAUUCUUGCAUUGGAUGAGCCUACCACCAAUCUUGACCGAGAAAAUAUUGAAUCUCUUGCACAUGCUUUGGUGGAGAUAAUCAAAAGUAGAUCUCAGCAGCGUAACUUUCAACUCCUUGUGAUAACUCACGAUGAAGAUUUUGUGGAACUGCUGAGUCGAUCUGAAUAUGUGGAGAAAUUCUAUAGAAUUAAGAAGAAUCUUGACCAGUGUUCUGAGAUUGUGAAAUGCAGUGUCACAACUUUAGGAUCAUAUGUUCAUUAGAGCUUCCAAAUGACUGUAUUGUAAGAUUCUUCCAAAUAAAGAUUCUU